AUGUCGGCGUCUCCACCCAGCGGCUCGGCCAAGAGACGGGUCCGCACGGAGGCUCAGAUGAGCCAGAAGCGACUGGCCGACCGCGUCAAACAUAGAGAGAACCGCCAGGAGCAUAAGUUAAGGAUGGAACGAAUGGAGGCUGAUAUAGCCCAAAUUCGAAAGAAUCUCGAUACUGUUUCUGCGCAGCUGCGAACGCUGCCUGUUCUGAGCGCCGAUCUCCUCGCAUCACAGCAAAGACCAUCUCAGAGACCAGCCGCCAAUGUCUUUGCCGGGCACUCGUCAACCCCUGGUGAGGGCUACGAGAUGGACACAACCGCCGAGACCCCGGACUUCCCCGCAGGGCGAUCUGCAGGACAAGGACGGGCUCCCCCGUGCCCGGAGCGCGAGAUGCCCCCUACCGAGGUCCCGGCGUCGCUCAUGUCAAGCUUAUUUCCCACGCCGUCUCACGUCGAUUGUCGAUGCGGAGUGCAGCAUCACUCGCAGUCCGACUGCCUAGAGUACCGCAGCUUCGCCAUCCUCUACGAGACCCAUGCUGCAUUUCCCCAGGAUCCCCUCCAUGCGCGAUCCCUGCCCAGGAACCCGUCGGUGCCUAACAUGACGCUUCACUCGUAUGGCGACAAUGCAGUCACAUGCUUUCUGACAUCCUUCCUCAAGGGUUUUGAGAUGGCCAGUGUGGAGACUCUGUUUGGGGUGUAUUUCUUUGCCUACCGUCUCAUGAGGUGGCGCUUACAUCCUGAUCCUAUGACUCUCAAAGACGUUCCGCCAUGGCUGCUCCCAACCGAGGUUCAGAACACGUAUCCGCAUCCUGUGAGUAUCGACUACAUCCCAUGGCCCGACCUGCGGGACUUUCUCUGCACGAAUCCACGCAUCAAGUCAAGGCAUUCCGUAAAGAUGUAUCUCGAGUCAUUACAGCUCAAAUGGCCACCGGGGUGUUCUCUGUUGACCAUGGAAGGUGGCCAAGUCUGCGUCAGCCCAGAAUUUGAAGCCAUUGCAUGUGAUCUCAAUAAUUGGGAACUGGGACCUCCGUGGCUGGACGCUUUUCCGCGUUUGAUCGCACUUGUGCAUCCAUAG